AUGGCGGAGGACGGGGUGGCGGCGAUGGGGGAGGUCGAGGGGGAGGCGGACGGGGCGAGGGCGGAGGGGGGCGCGGGGGAGGGGAAGGGGGGGGACGCGGCGGGGGACGCGGCGGGGGACUUGGCGGCUGCGGUGGCCGGGGGGGGGGAGGCGCGGGUGGCGGCGGUCGGGGAGGCGGAGACGGUGGCGGGGAUGGGGGAGGCCGCGGGGGAGGUGGGCGAGGGGGAGACGGCGGGGGAGGAGAUGGGGAGCGAGGAGGCGGGAUGGGAGGGGGACUGGGAGGGGGAGAUGGAGGGGGAGAUGGAGGGCGGGGCGGGGGAGAGGGUGGGGGAGGCGGAGGGGAGGGGGGGGGACGCGGAGGGCUACGCGGAGGUGGUGGCGGAGAUGGUGGCGGGGAGGGCGGGCGGGGAGGAGGGCGCGGGGGGCGGGGAGGAGGCCGAGGCGGCGGGGAAGGAGGGCGUGGAGGCGGGGGAGGAGAUCGUUUUGGAGGCGGUGGGCUGGGGGGGGGCCUGGGCGGCGGCUUCGGCGGCGGGCUUCGCGGCGGCCGCGGAGGCGGCGGCUGGGGAGGCGGCGGGGACGAAAGAAGCGCAUCGGGCGGGAAAGAGUCAGGGGCGAGGCUUUGGCAGCAGCGGCACUGACGUGGCUGCUCUUGCCACGUGUGCUUCUUAG